UGACCCCCUCGGGCGCGGGUCCUUGCUCUCUCGCGUGUGGCUGGGCAAGAUGGCGGAUCUACACAUGAAGAUCAUCCGCAAGCGGCUGCAGAGGAGAAGCGAGAAGAUUAAACAUAUAGCCGCCAGCGCAAAGGUGAUCCAGCAAAACGAAGUGGAAAAUGAAAUGCCACAAGAUUCAACCAACAAUAAAGAAAAGACUGUAAAAAUGUUGACGGCUCAAAGGAUUGUGAAAGAAGGGGCUGAUCUGAAAUCGGAAAUGAAAAAGAAAAGGAAAAAUGCAAACAACAUCCAGGAAUUUGAUAUCAAAAAACAAAAGUAUGCAAAUUGCAAUAAGAAUGAUGAAUUGGAAACGAACAAAGAUGAUACCUUGGCGGUGGAGCAAGAUCAGAAGAAUGAGCACAAUGAAGAGACAUCCGAAGAUGAAGGUCCAACAUUGCCAAUGGGGUUGACAGGGGCUUUUGAAGCUACUGCCUUUUCUUCCCUGGAUGGCCUAGUUAGUGAGAAUACUUUAAAAGGAAUUGCAGAUAUGAGCUUUACUCAUAUGACUGAAAUUCAACAGAAAAGCAUCCGACCUUUGCUGGAGGGCAGGGAUAUUCUGGCUGCUGCAAAGACCGGUAGUGGGAAAACAUUGGCGUUCCUUAUUCCUGGUGUUGAGCUCAUCUACAAACUGAAGUUCAUGCCAAGAAAUGGGACGGGCGUCCUUAUUCUUUCACCAACCCGGGAAUUAGCGAUGCAGACAUAUGGUGUUAUGAAAGAACUAAUGGCGCACCAUGUUCAUACUUAUGGAUUGCUCAUGGGAGGCAGUAAUAGAACUGCAGAAGCACAAAAACUGGCAAAUGGAAUCAACAUGAUAAUAGCAACUCCAGGCAGACUUCUGGAUCAUAUGCAGAACACACCAGGAUUUAUGUUCAAAAACCUGCAAUGCCUUGUGAUAGAUGAAGCAGAUCGUAUCCUAGAAGUGGGAUUUGAAGAGGAAUUGAAACAGAUAAUCAGACUUUUGCCAAAACGGCGACAGACAAUGCUUUUCUCUGCCACACAAACUCGAAAGGUGGAAGAUUUGGCCAGAAUCUCAUUGAAGAAAGAGCCCUUGUACGUUGGCGUUGAUGAUGAUAAGGAAACUGCAACUGUAGAUGGCCUUGAACAAGGUUAUGUGGUUUGUCCAUCGGAGAAGAGAUUCCUGUUGCUCUUCACUUUUCUCAAGAAGAAUCGUAAGAAGAAGCUCAUGGUUUUCUUCUCUUCAUGCAUGUCUGUGAAGUUUCACUAUGAGUUGUUGAACUACAUUGAUCUACCUGUAAUGGCAAUUCAUGGUAAGCAAAAGCAAACAAAACGCACAUCCACUUUCUUCCAGUUCUGUAAUGCAAGUGAGGGAAUAUUGCUGUGCACAGAUGUAGCUGCCAGAGGGCUGGAUAUUCCUGAAGUCGACUGGAUUGUACAGUAUGACCCUCCUGAUGAUCCAAAGGAAUAUAUCCACCGUGUCGGAAGGACUGCACGAGGACUUAAUGGACGGGGACAUGCCUUGCUUAUCCUGCAAGCAGAAGAGCUGGGUUUUCUUCGUUAUCUCAAACAGGCCAGGGUACCAUUGAAUGAGUUUGAAUUUUCUUGGAGUAAGAUUUCAAACAUACAGGCACAGCUUGAAAAACUAAUUGAAAAAAAUUACUAUUUGCACAAAUCAGCACAAGAGGCUUACAAGUCUUAUAUCCGAGCCUAUGAUUCUCAUUCUCUCAAGGACAUCUACAGUGUCAACAACCUGGAUCUGCCCAAAAUAGCAUUAUCAUUUGGCUUCACAGUACCACCCCAUGUUGAUCUCAAUAUAAAUGCCAGCAGAGGAAUGAAACUGAAGAAAAGAGGUGGUGGAGGUGGAUUUGGAUAUCAGAAGUCCAAAAAUGUCCGUAAAGCAAAAAUCUUCAAGCAAAUUGGCAGGAAUAAGGCAGACAACAGACAGUUUUCCCGUUAGAUGACCGUUUCAAAGCUGCCAUUCUUUUAAAAAAUAAACAAUAACAAAUAUAUUUUACCCUUGGUUAACUGCCUUUGGCUAACCAACUUGGGCAACUUUCUUCAGACCUGAACUGAAUCAAGUUAAGUCAUGGUUGCAAUUCUAUUCCUACAAAGUUAUAUCUUUUUACACAGUGUUCAAGUUUAAUUUGAGUAUAUUGUUAACCUGUAAACUGAUAGCUUUACAAUAUUUUGAAUUAUAAUAAAUGGAUCACUGAUAUUUUGUAUUCAGACCCAUCACAUUCCCCUUUCUAGGAUAAUCUUCAAUGGAGGUGUUUAAUAACCGCAUUAACUUUGUGACCUAUUGAACAAAUAACUUUGAUGUAUAUAUAAUUGUCUAGUCUUGUGACUGCAAUAACUAUUCCAUACUAGUUGCCACAAUCACAUAAAUUCACUUGGAUAGUUUGUCAUUUAAUGGACAUAUAUUCUGCUUGAUCAACAUCUUUUUUUUAGUUUUGCCAGAUUUUUUCCCCCAUGUUUAACAAUCUCUGCUGUUGCUUUUGUUCUAUCCAAAGAUUAUGCCCAGAAAUCUCCCUUGAACCUAUAUUGUGAUCCAUUUUAUAUUGUAGUCUGCUAUUGUAUUGGGGGGGGGGGGGGGGAGGAAGUAAGUGUAAGCUUCACAUUGAGUGAUAUUCACCAAAAUUAGAGCCGGUAGAAAUCAUCAUUCCUGUGCCCCAUGGUCACAAGAUCAUCUGUUAUACAGUUACUGUUCCUUCUUAUGCCAGCUGUCAUUGUGCCCACUGCUGUACAGCUUAUUUAUUCUUCAUUGGCCACCCUAAACAAUUUUGCAUAAGCAGAACUAAUAAAGAGAAGAUUUUGAUCCUA